UUUUUUCUCUCUGUGUGUGCUUUCAGUGCGAGUUUAGAUGUUCCUCUGUCAUCUUGUCAUCUUUUCUUCCUCCAUCUUUUCUCAUGUUUACAUGUUAAGUGUUUAAAUCAAAUCAACACCAAAGUGACACAAUUGUAAAGAGAAACAAUUAAAAGGUGAAGGAGAAAAAGAGAGAAAGAGAAGAGAAAAAAAGAAAAGACAAAGUUAUUGUUGUUUUCUAUUCUAUUUUAACAAAAGGAAAGCGAUGUCUUUUUGUCUCACAAGCUCAUCAACGGCCAAUAAUUAUGAGGAAAUUGGAUUCAUUGGUGAAGGAACUUAUGGAACUGUUUUCAAAGCUCGUGAUCUAGUUAACGAAGGACAAUCAGUGGCAAUUAAGAAAGUGAAUGUUGCCCUUUAUGAAGACGGUGUUCCACCAACUCUCAUUAGAGAGAUUUCACUUCUUAAACAAUUAGAAAUGUAUGAACAUCCAAAUGUUGUCAGGUUACUUGAUAUUUGCUAUGCUAAACGUUUAGAGAAAGAGAAACAAUUAAUUUUGUAUCUUGUUUUCGAAUAUAUUGAACAAGAUUUAGGAAAAUACUUGAGCCAUUGUCCAUCUCCAGGCUUAGGACCAGAUAGGAUUAAGGAUAUAAUGUAUCAAAUUUUGAACGGUGUUGAUUUUUUACAUUCCAAUAGGAUAGUGCAUCGAGAUUUGAAGCCACAGAAUAUAUUGAUCACUAAUAGUGGAAGAGUAAAAUUAGCCGAUUUUGGAUUAGCUCGUAUUUAUGAGGAUUCACGAGCUUUGACCUCAGUAGUUGUUACCCUUUGGUAUCGAGCACCCGAAGUGCUUUUAGGAGCAAGUUAUGCGAGUUGGGUGGAUAUUUGGAGUUGUGGUUGUAUUUUCGCUGAACUUCAUCGACGAAAAGCAUUUUUAAAUGGACAAUCGGAACCUGAUCAAUUGAGUAAAAUAUUUUCGGUUAUUGGAAGUCCAUCGGAAUCUGAAUGGCCUGAAGAAGCCUAUUUUCCAUGUAACUCUUAUGCAGGAUUCAAAGCGAUUCCUCUGAACACUUUAUUACCUGAGAUGCCACCUGAAGCUUGUGAACUAUUGAAGGCCAUGCUGAGGUUUAAUCCUCGACUAAGGAUAACAGCGAAAGAGGCCCUUAAUCAUGUGUAUUUUGAUGAAUAUGUGCUACAUCCACCAAUCUAUGAAUACGAAAUUGAACAAAAAAUCAAGGAUAAAUAAUAUUUGAAUGACAAAUUCGAUGAUUAGAGGAAAGCACAUUGGAUAAUUUAAUCGAUCUAUUUAAUUUGUUGAUGACUGUUGUUCUUUUCGUCACAAUGUUUUCCAUUUAUUAUCUUUAUAUCUACCUCUUUGUCCCCUGCUCCUUAUCAUGAUCUUCUUCAACACAAUCACAUCUAAACACAUGCACAAAAAAACUCAUAUUAACUAAAUCACUAAAUCACCAGAGUCCCAACAUCAAAUUACUGGGAUAAUUUUUUCUUCUCAUUUUUAUCAACAAGCUCAAAGCACAUUCACAUUCACAAAUCUAAACACAAACACAAAAAGAAACACGAACACGAACACAAAGCGUACACAUUGUAAACUAUUUCUUAUUUAAACUUAAGUGAAUCAUUUACUCAUUGAUACAAAUUAUGAAAAUUCAUUGGUAACGAACUCUAAUGUUACCUGUGGAUUAUUUUUAUCUUUUCUCUCUCUCUCUCUUUCUUUCUUUCUUUCUUUCUUUCUUUCCUUUCUUUCUCUAUCUUCCUUUCUGAUUAUUCUCUUACCCCUUGACCCUUACUUGUCCUCACCUAUUCUCAUCUACAACUUUUACCUCCCAAUUCCUAUUUUUUUGUAAGCACAAUAAUUUAACUCAUUCGGUGUUCGAUUGACAUCAACUGAGAUCACAAUCUAAAUUACCUGUUAAUCAAAUAUAAACUGUUACACUAAAUACAA